GAUUUGAAUGAGGGGUCAAUGUAUAUGGACAGGUAGGUUUCUAGAUUGAAUGUAGGUAAAAUGUCUAAUAGCAACAAGACUGGCCCAUCAAAGUCUAACAAGAAGAAAAACAAUUGGUUUAAACACAGAAAUUUUACCAACUCGCCAGUUCUUGUUUCACGUGCCCAACAAAUAAAUGUGGGACCUGAAGCUACAGCUGGUGGUUUCUGUCCAUACAAAGCUUGGAAUCAUUACUUUCCUCUGGAUGAAUAUUCCCCUACCAGUGAUAUAGUAGAAAGCAUCAAUGUCUUUGAUAAAUUUGUGAAAGAUUAUUUUACAACUCAUGACAUGAAUGAAAUUGCUACAAGAGCCUGUAUUGUUAUCGACUGCAAGAAUUUGGCAGCUCAUGUCAGUGUGAAAACAAAAUACCCAAACUUUGUUGCGAAUCUCAGAGAAACUCCUGAAAGAAUCAUAAACUGCAUUGGAUUGGCCACGCAUCAGUAUAUUAUUCGACAAUACCAACAACUUGCAAGCAAAGAGCAAACGAGAACUCAGAUGUUGGAAGCAUUAGCUGAUGUGCCAGUUAUUCGAGCUCGACUUUACAACUUUGAACCACUCACUGCAUUAAAACAUCUGAAAGCAAAAACUUUUGGUCAAUUUGUUGCAAUCCGAGGAACUCUGGUUAAAGUCAGCCAUGUUAAACCGCUAUGCACAACAAUGGCAUUCCGUUGCACAAUGUGUGAGCAGCUACAAGCAAUUCUGUUAAUCGACAACAAAUAUUCAACACCAACCAAAUGUGUGUCGUCUUCUUGCCGUGGUCGGUCGUUUGAACCUUUAAGAUCUCAUCCACUCACGGAAAUUACUGACUUUCAAGUUGUAAAACUGCAGGAAAGUGUAUCAGAAGAACAAAGGGAGACAGGUAGAAUGCCACGAACUGUUGAAGUUGAAUUGAGUCGAGAUUUGGCAGACACAGCUUCCCCUGGUGAUGUGGUGACCAUCACAGGUGUCGUUAAAGUAAAGAAAUCGGAAGAUGGAGUUCAUUUUUCCAAUAAAGCUAAGAACAAGUGCAUGUUCCUACUUCAUAUUGAAGGCAACCAUGUCAGUAACUCUCGUGGAAACACUUUAACCGAUUGUCGGGGUAACUCUGCGGAUGAGUUGUUGGAUUUCAGUGCUCGUGAUCUCGCUGGAAUUGAAGAAAUAAGGAAACAAGAUGACAUUUUUUCUCUUCUUGUUGCUUCACUCUGCCCAACCAUAUUUGGGCAAGACAUGGUCAAAGCUGGAAUGUUAUUGUGUCUCUUUGGUGGCAACCAAAACUCAGAUGAAGACAGGAUACCAGUUCGUGGAAACUCUCAUAUACUCUUGGUCGGAGAUCCAGGUCUUGGGAAAAGUCAACUCCUGCAAGCAGUUAGUAGAUUGGUUCCACGUGGAGUUUAUAUUUGUGGGAAUGCUUCAUCAAACAGUGGGCUCACUGUCACUUUAACGAGAGAUUCAGGGACCGGGGAUACAGGGUUGGAGGCCGGUGCGUUAGUGCUCGCUGAUCAAGGUGUCUGUUGCAUUGAUGAGUUUGAUAAAAUGACAAACCAACAUCAAGCAUUAUUGGAAGCAAUGGAGCAACAGAACAUCAGCAUUGCUAAGGCAGGGAUAGUGUGUAGCAUGCCAGCCAGGUGUUCGAUAAUCGCUGCUGCAAACCCUGUUGGUGGACAUUACAAUAAAUCAAAGACUGUUUCGGAAAACUUAAAGAUGGGAGGAGCUUUACUCUCACGGUUUGAUCUCGUUUACAUCCUCCUUGAUACUCCUGAUGAAAAACGAGAUAAGCUUCUAUCUGAUCAUGUCAUGGCAAUGCAUACUGGAAGAAAAAAGAAAGAAAGUUUAGUCAAGCAACUUGCUGCUGCUUCAUCAAGAGAAAACAUAAGCAUGGGUUUAUUGCAUGAUAGGUUAUCUAAAUACGCACGGAAGGAUGACUGUGACCCGGUGCCUUAUUCGCUAUUGUGGAAGUACAUUGCAUAUGCGAGAAAAACAAUGAAACAAGUAAACCUUAGCCCAGAAGCAUGCCAGGUUUUAAAAGAAUUUUAUUUGGAACUUCGGAAAAAAGGUUAUACAGCUGACAGCACUCCUAUUACUACAAGGCAACUGGAAUCACUGAGAAGAUUGACCGAAGCAAGAUGCAAAGUGGAGUUUAGGGAAGUCGCGAGUGCUGAGGAUGCACGCGAAGUGGUGGAGAUCAUGCAACAUUGCUUGUAUGAAACAUUUGCCGAUGAAACUAAUUCUCUUCAAUUUGAACGAUCCUUCCAUGGCACUGGUGUUAGUAAAAGAGGAAAAGUUAAAAAAUUAAUCGCUCUAUUAAAUAGGGAAGCAAGUUACAAGUCAAGCAACCUUUUUAGCACAAGUGAUAUUCGUGCACUAGCUCAAAAAAUUGGCAUUGAAGCAACUUUUGUUUCGGAACAAAUUGAAGUUUUAAACAACCAAGGAUUCCUGAUCAAAACUGGAUCUUCUAUGUACAAAUUACAAACAAUGGAUUGAUACACAAGAAUUCAUAUCUCGUUGUUUCUCACUGCCAUGUUGUUAUUUCUUUACUUACUUCUUUUUUUGUUUUUUAAAUAAAUAAUAAAACCAUGACAUUCUA